UCUCGAGRCACAGWUCACRCAGAUUAGAGAGAUAACCUCUGCGAUCWGUGGUGCAUACGCACAUGACGUCUUUCACAUGGCUAACGUCAAMCGCGUUUAACACACUUUGUUUUUGUUAUUACAUGGUUAUAACUUUAAUUAACUGAAAAAUACGCAUUUCUUAUUGAUUUUGGCAAAAAGCAUAAUGAGUUAUCGUGUAGAACCAGACAAAGAUACGAGAUUUCACUCUUUCUACACGGAGGUGAAAGAAAUCGAGAAAAGAGAUUCGGUUUUAACACCCAAGCAACAAAUUGAACGGCUUUUAAGACCUGGUUCCACUUACAGAAACCUGAACCCGUUCGAUGUCCUGCAAGUCGAGCCGAACACAUCCUUGGAGGAAAUCAAGAAGAAGUAUAGGAGGCUUUCAAUUCUGGUACAUCCUGACAAGAAUCAAGACGACUCCGAUAGAGCUCAACAGGCCUUCGAGGCAGUGAACAAGGCAUGGAAAACUUUGGAGAAUGAGGAAUCCAGGAAAAAGUGUAUGGAUAUCAUUGAAGAGGCUGUUGGUCGUACAGAUGUUAUGCUGACCGAGAAGAGGAAAAAAGCAAAAAAAGAAGGCAAACCAGGAAUACCUGAAGAUGAUCCUGAAAAGUAUAAGCACGCAAUCUACGUGUUAACGAUGAAACUGUUUGCGGACUUGGAAAGAAAACGGCGAGAAUUGGCCGAUCGCGACAUGGAGGAACGGAAAAGAAAGCGAGAAACCGAAAUUGAAGAAGAGGAGAACGCAAAGGCUCAAAAAGAGUGGCAGAAAAACUUUGAGGAAUCGAGACAGAACAGAGUGAACAGUUGGCAGAGCUUUCAAGCUCAAGGCAAGAAGAAAAGUAAGAAACUGAAGGUGUUCAAGCCGCCGAAAAACAAGCCAGAGUCAAGGUAAAAUCAGAACCCUAAAUUAAGAUUAAGUAGAUAAUUUGUUAUGGUUAGACGAUAGUAAAAAGAGUGUGACACGCUUCUAUUCUUCAUGAGUUAAGCGAAGUUUCAACCGAAUGGUUGGCUUUUCAAACGAUUUUUUGAAGAGCGAUUUUCUAAUACUUUAUCAAUUCAUUCAGAUACUUAUUUUUCUUUGAUACUGAGACUAACCCGUCCCGAUUAAUUUUUUCGAACCCUUUAUCGCUCAGCAAAAAUGGGGGCUUCAACUAAUUUAAGUUCAGUUCAAUUCGCGCUGUUUGCAGCAACUGAAAAAUACUGAUGUACAUAUGAUUGAUAUGGAAUAAAACUUCCUAAAAAACGA